AUGAGUCUCAUGAAACAAGUUAGCCUUCUUCCAGCUGGCUGUCAACCUUGGAACCUUGAUGUUUGCGCGGCAAGUAGCAACGGUGAUCGAUUUGCCUAUUGUGCGACUCUUGCUGUUUACGUUUACGAGGUGAGGCGUUAGUGUCGCUAUAGGAAUAAACAACCCGUAACAAUAUCAAACAAUUUCUGUCCUUUAAAAACCUCAUUUUCUCCGAAUUCGAUUUUCUUUUAAUCCAUAACAUUUAUGGUAUAUAAGAUUCGUCAACUGGCCGUCUAUUGUUUGACUUGUCCUGCUUAAUCAGAGGAAUUGGAAUUUUUUUGAACUUGUUUUCAAUAUAAACUUUAAUUAAGCGUUGGUCUUGCCCAAUAAGUAGUUGUGCAAUUCCUUUUGAGAAAUUUAAGUGAUUGCUUAGAAUUUCUCUUCUACUCUGCAAACACUCAUCCAGUGUUGAUGUUCUUUUAAACUCUUCAUUCUCUUGGUGUGUUUUCAUGCGUUCAAAAUUCUCAAGAGAGUAUUCCGCAAAUUAUCUCGUUAACAAACUUCAGCAGUAGUGACCUUUUUGAUUCGUCGAUCCAAGUUUGUCCAGCCCAAAUUUUCUCAACGGUAAACGAGACAGAUCGUGUAUCUUUUUAUAAAUGUGUCGCUAAUUUAAUCCUAAACUCGAGUCUGUCUAUAUUCAAAUUAAAGACUAAUGACUUUGACACUGGACAGCGUAAUUUCGAUUUUUACCCAGAAUCUGUAGAUUAGGGUUUAGCGUGAUGUUACCUCAAUGUUUCGAGAAACACUAAAGCUUCUUAUGAUAAUAAUAAAAAACUCUCUACUCUGGGGUUGUGGGAUGCAAAGGAAAGAACGUUGAAAUUUUGUGAACAAUGUUUGUCAUGACGGAAAUGUUUUGUUUUGUCAUAACUGUGCUUUUUCUUCGCUUCGCAUUUGUCUGAGGCACGGAGAAUGAUUUUUUUCAAGUGUCUUGAUUGAUAAUAACUUAUUGCAACUUAGCUACAUAUAAAUUUAAAAUUGUAGCUCUCGCUGCUCUCUGAUCAUGGGAGAAUCAUGUUAAAAGGAUGAUCCAAUUUGCAUCACUUGUAGUUGAAUUUAUUGCAUAAUUUUACAAUGUCUCAGUUUAUCAUUUAAUGCUAAAUAAAAGAGGAGCAAGGUGUUUCAAAAUAAAUGCUGCAGGCAAAAUAUAUUACUACAUGUAGAAUUUUCACUCUCAUCCUAUCUUGCAUAUGUUUCUUAUUUUUUUUUUCCUUUUGCCCUUUCACUCAGAGAAAAACAACAACUGAUUUCUUAGCACAAUAUCAAUACAUUGUGAAGCGAAGCGUAAUGAGAAGAUGGAAAACAUUAGCUUUUAAGACAUUGCUUGGUAUCCCCCUUAAAACCCUGACAUCAGUAUGUAAACUCUCCUUACUGUUCCUUAUACAUUUUCUAAGGUGCUGACAAGGAGAAGUGGUUUAAAAUGCUCAAGUGUUUCUUUUUUGGGGAUCAUUUCCUUUAUUCUUGUCACCGUAAUGUUUAAUUCAGGGAGUAAUUGUAGGGAGAAAUUAGAUGCUUAUCACUCAUAGGGGUUAAUAGGGUUAUCAAGAGAUUCUUAGAGCUAAAUUGGUAAAUAAGGGAACAACAUGACUUUCUGAGGGAAUAUUGUUUAUUUGCGCCUGCGUAGUGUCAUUUGCGGCCCGAGCGCGAAGUGCGAGGGCCACAAAUGACACUACAAGGGCACAAAUAAACAAUAUUCCCGAAAAAAGUCAUGUCAUUAUCAUUAUUAUCAAUAAACAAGGCCAAAUGAUAUCAAGAAUGCGAGUUUUAAUAAUACAAGCUAAGUGAAUGACGAAUUCAAAGUCACUUCAAAUCAUCAUGUAAGCUGUAGGGCUGAUAAUGCAUUAGCAGCCCGCUGUCAGUCUUUUGCGGCCCGCUGAGCGUGUGUUUUGAAGAGGCCGUGUGUACCUAUUGUUAUUUCAGCUAGAUCUACAGUUUAAAGAAUUCCGUUUGUCUGUGAUCUUGGCUCAGCACAGAAAGACCAUCACAUGUAUCUCCUGGCAUCCUCAAAACCCUGAUGUGCUAGCAACAUCAAGUAGUGAUUGUAAAAUCUACAUAUGGAGUGUGUCACAAGAAAGAGUGAUUGGUACAUUGGAGAGUAUAAAAUCCCCUCCUUCAUGUAUAGGCUGGUGUCCUCAAGAUCUGGAAUCUAUCGCUUAUAUAUCAGGGCGUGGGCCUAUGUGUAUUUGGAACUAUACAACCCGUGAUUACACUAUGGUUUUCAAGCAUUUAGAAUCCAUGACAUUUUUCUCCGAAGUGUGUCAGUUUCGCUGGAAUCAAAGGAAAGUUGGAAAACUUGUCUUUGGCCAUAAUGAUGGUAGUAUAUCUGUCAUAAAUCCUAGACAGAAAGCAUUCAAACAUUACUUUAGACCUGAGCCCUAUGAAGAUUAUGAUGAAGAAGAUCCAGUGAUCAGCCUUGAAUGGGAUCCAUUGUCAGUUGAUUACCUGUUGGUGGCCAACACACAAGGCAGUCUGAGGCUGAUUGACACUGAUUCAAUGACUAUCAUCAUGAAUUUCAAGUUACCAAGCUCUGCAACAAAGAUUCACACGCUAUCUUGGGUUUCUUCUGCUCCUGGUGUAUUUGUGACAGGAGGUAAAGUGUUCCUUCAGAUAUAAAAAAGGCUAUAUGAAUAUCACACAUAACAAAUAAAUAUAACCUCAAAAGAGGUUAUGAGAUUGGUUUUAACCCAAUGAAAUCUCUAAACUUUUUUAACCCUUUAACUCCCAUGAGUGACCAAGACAGAAUUUCUCCUUACAAUAUCAAUACAACAUCAACCAGAUAAGUGAUGAGAAUGAAGAAAAUAUCAAGUUGGGGAAAUUAGUUGAUCCAAUACUAAAUUCUCUGAACUAACAUUAUAAGAAUUGUAUGGUUGACAGUAAGGGGAAUUACAAAUUUGAUCUGGGAGUUAAAGGGUUAAAUAACAUGUAAUUCUGUUCAUGCAGUAGUUCCUGUCAUAAAUCAAUUUUUCAGCAAUGAAUAGCUGCAUUAUAGACAUUGUUAUCAUAUUGAAUAAUGCAUUUAAAUAUUACUUCUAACUGUUUUAAGUUUUGAAAUUUGUGUUUUAAAAUGGUAUUGGGUUUUCUUGUUAACUUUCACUUAUACUCUGCUUUUAACCCUUUAACUCCCAGAUCAAAUUUGUAGUUCUUCUUACUGUCAACCAUACAAUUCUUAUAAUGUUAGUUUAGAGUAUUCUGUAUUGGAUCAACUAAUUAUCCCCAAAUUAAUAUUUUUCUUUGUUCUCAUCACUUAUCUGAUUGAUACUGUAUUGAUAUCGAAAAGAGAAAUUUUGUCUUGGUCACUCAUGGGAGUUCAAGGGUUAUUAAAUAAUUACUUUAAAUAAGUUAAUAUUGUAAUUAUAGUGAAACCAACAUUUUUAUGUUACUUGAUCUUUGAUGUUACUUUUCAGAUGCCCAAGGAGGAAUUCUACGCGUUUGGAAUGUGUCCAAAAGCUCUCCUUUGACCAGCAUUAAAUUGAAAAUGACUGGCUUUCAUGCACUGACUGUUGUUCAACCUGACCAGACCUUUGAACCAACUAAUAAUAACCAAACAUCCUUGGGAAUGUCGUCAACCUCAGUGGCAGUUCAGCCUCCGUCUCAGCCAAAUCACAUCACAUAUGCACUUCCACCUGCAAGAAUUCUUUGCACCUUUAUGGAUGGUGGAGUUGGAUUGUAUGACUUAGGGAAACGAAAAUGGAGCUUUCUUAGAGAUAUGGUGAGUAACCUGUGUGGAUGGAAGUGGGGUUGGGUUUGCUGUGGUCCUUGUGAGUGAACAUUUUUAAGUGGUAUUGUUAAAUCACUCCUCACAUGUUCAACACCAUUGCAAUAUUUUGUCAGCUGUAUCUGAAUGAAUUUGCAGUUUCUGCUCCUUGUUGUUAGUUAGUGUAUUCUGUAUAAAUAAAUAAAUAAAUACUACAGCCCUUUGAAUAAAACUUUUUUUUAGGGUCAUAUAGAGACAAUAUUUGAUUGCAAGUUUAAGCCUGAAAGUCCAGACUUGUUAGCAACAGCCUCCUUUGAUGGAACCAUCAAAGUCUGGGAUGUUAACACCAUGACUGCAGUAAGUACCACAUUCAGCAUGUGUUUUCCUCAAUUUGUGUGGUUUUCUAAGUAUGUCUCAAAAUUGUGUUUUUGUCAUAAUUCUGAAUUUCCUGUGCCUAAAUCCACUUUAACUGUAUGCAAUAGGUGCAUUCAUCUCCAGGCAAUGAAGGAAUCAUCUACGCACUUUCAUGGGCACCUGGUAAUUUUGCAAUUUUUACUAUGUCUUGUUGCUGAUCUUUUAUCCGGACAUGAUAUACCCUUAUACUCACUUUGUGUAAGAAAUCUUUUUACCUGAUGAGUGAUUUGGUACAUGCAAAAACAACUUUCUGAAUAAAGGACAUUCUGCACAAAAGACUUCUUGCACAAGUCUUUUUGCACUUGUGCAAAAAGUCGUUUGUGCAAAAUGUCUUGUUACCAACUUUCUUUAAUUUAACAUUUACAGGAGAUGUCAAUUGUCUUUGUGGAGCAACAGCCAAACAAGGAGUGUUCAUAUGGGAUAUCAGCAAAGAAAAGAUUAUUAAGAGAUUUACUGAAGUAAGUGAAUUGGAUGAUUUUGAUUAGUAAUAAAGUGCAAGGAAGCUUGGAAUCAAGAAAGGUACCAUUAGCCCCUUUUGACAGUAGACUCUGUAUGUUAUUUCUUAUUAUUUAAAUAAUAAGCUUACUUAUACAUACAUUUUGAUUGGUACUUUCUUGUGAUCAAUUGUAGGACAGAUGCAUAAAUGACAUCAUCAUUACCAGCAUUUUGCCUUUUGAUCUUAUUAAAAAAAACAUAUAUUAUGUUGCCUUAGUGCUGUUCAUUAGUAGAUCACAGAUGAAGUCAAAAUGUGAUGAGACCAUCAGUGCCAUCUUUUUGUUAUCAGACAUCAUCUGUGAUCUAUUGCUAAACAGCCUCAAGGCAACAUAGAAUUUUUCUUUUUUUUCUUUUUUUUUACCUUUCUUCAUAGCAUGGAAAGCAACAUGUUUACAAUGUGAGCUGGAAUCACAAAGAUUCAAGGAGAAUUGCUUCCUGCAGUGCAGAUGGAACAUGGUAAGUCUCUCCAUAAUAACUGACCUGAUAGUAUUUUGUAUGCAAACAAAUAUGUUAUCUUCUGAUCUAACUGGUAGCUGGGAUUAUGCAAUUUCAUUUAUGAAAGACUAACCACAGUGAAUGAAUAAAUUUUGAUAUUCUUUAUUUAAAGUGUUGUAAGGCAAGUGGAUGGAACUUUAGUUAAAAGAUACAAACACCCUGGACCUGUCUAUGGCUGUGACUGGAGUCUCAAUAACAGGUAUUCAUAAAAUUGAUAAGAUUGAUAUUUGUCACAGAUUUAACCUGCUAGUUUUAAGAGUAGCAAGUGUAAUCAUAUUCUCUAUGUAUUAUGUGAUUUGUGAUGUUUUCUUCUUUAGAUCUUGAAUUGACUCUUGACCAAAAAUAUUUAUUUUUCUUGAUUUCUGUUACAGAGAUAUGAUUGCAACUGGUUGUGAGGACAAAUGUGUUAGGGUAUUUUACGUUGCUGCAAGCACAGAUCUACCUUUAAAGGUAUUUUCUGGUAAGCAGCAGUUUUGAUAGAUUCAAAUUAGCAGUUAAAUACUGAAUCUAUGCUUAUUUAUACAUACAGAAUUGGACUAAAAUCUGAAAUGAGAAUGAUUAUGUGUGUAUUUCCUCUUUUUUUGAAAAGUUAUGUUCUGGUAAGCAGCAGUUUUGAUUGAUAUAAAUUAGCAAUUUAGCACUGAAUUUAAGAAUAUUUAUGUGUACAGAAUUAAACUAAAAUAUCAUAUAUAAUACACUCAGAUAAUGAUUUUGUGUAUUUCCUCACUUUUCAUGGAAGAAUAGAUCUUGUAGCUGCAAUGAUCCUUGUCAUUAAUGUACACAGUGACUUAUAUGUUCUAUUUUUAUUUUGUUUUGAUUUGUUUGUUGGUUUGUAAGAGUGACAGUAGCCUCUAUUGUAAUUGUUCCCAGUUCUCUUCUGGCCAAUUGAAGGUCCCACAAAGGUAUAGGGUCUAAAGUGUUAAGCCUUUAACUCCCAGAAGUGACCAACAUUUAACUUCUCCCUAUAAUAUCCAUACAUUACUCAGCAAACAGGUUAUGAGAAUACUCAAAGUUAUCGGGUAGAAGUUGUUAUCCUGAUCUAUUACCAAAUACUUGUUAUUAAUUUAUAAGGAAAUGUAUAGCACUUAGAGGGGAGAAUUAACAAUCAGAUCUUGGGAGUUAAGGUGUUAAAAUAAAUUUGAAUGAUCUAUGGAAGUGACUGUUACCUUGGCUACAGAGAUUCUUUUAUUUCUCAAAGUUGCAUCCUGGAUAGCUUUGCUAAUUAUUUCAUUACAGGUCAUACAGCAAAGAUUUUUCAUGUGAAAUGGAGUCCUAUCAGAGAAGCCAUCCUCUGCAGUGGUUCAGAUGAUGGGUAAGGAAACAAGUGAUAUUUGGUGGAUGUUGUAAAUGAAAAAAAAAAAUGCUAUCAAUGUCUCGUAAGAUGAGGUGAUUUUCUCUCAGUACUAUGUCAGCUUAACCCUUUAGCCCCGAAGAGUGACUAACAUCUAACUUCUCCUUACAAUAUCAUCCCUGAAUCAUACAUGAAAGUUAUUAGAAUAGAGGAGAUGAUCACCAACUGGAGCAGCUCUUGAUUGUUACACAAAUUCUCCUUGUCAGCCUCUUUGGAAAUGUAUGGGGAACAGUAUGAAGAAUAUGCAUACUGAUGUUAGGUUGCCGUGCAUCUCUUCAGUAAUAGAUGAAAGAUGAUGUCAAAAUGUGGUUAUUGGACUAAGCUAUCAUAAAUUAUCAUUCUUCAUCAGUGUCUAAAAGAUCAAUUUUUUUUCUCAGCCUCUGGCUUUAUAGAAUUAUGAAUCUGCUUACCAUCGAAAAAUCAUGAUAUAUAACUCAACGUUAUCCAGUUAUUAUUGUUUAAAAAAUAUCUGAUUUUUUUUUUUUUUUUGUUUGGUCAGAACCAUUAAAGUAUGGGACUAUACUGAGGUAAGGGGAGUAACAGUGGUAUUUGUCUAGAGUAGGGGGAGUAUUACGAGAUGUUUUGGUGUAAUGUAAGCAUCAGUGAGGGGAGUCUUUCAAUCUGUGUAACUCUGCAGUAUGUCCACGCAUGGAGCAUAUUUUUUAUACACUGUUAACUUCCUCUUUAGGAUUCAUGUGUGCAUACGUUAGAAGGGCACAAGGCACCUGUGCGUGGCCUGCUGUGGAACCCAGAAAUUCCUUACCUUCUGAUUUCUGGCAGCUGGGACUUUACCAUUAGGAUUUGGGAUACGAGGUGACAUUAACUUACCGUUAGCUUAAUUUGCCUCUUAAUACUAGUCGGUUGUUGAACGUUUGGAUGAGAGUCGCUAGCAUCUCAAAGACUGUUAAAGCACAUUUCGAUUGGGUGUCGUCGAACAUAAACCAAAGUUAUCGCAACGAGCAAUCAGAUUUAAGGGGAUAUCACUAGGAGCCAAUGAGAACUCAAGUUAUAAACAAGAAUCUACCUGAAGCGCGGGAAAACGCGGUCAACCAAACGCCAUUAAGAUUAGUUUUGAAUCUGAUUGGUUGAUACAGUGGCCCAAGUUUUGUGAGUAAUGACUUCCUCAUGUCCUCUGCACAGUGUAUGGAAAGUUAAACGUAUAAGGCGCAUGCAUACCAUUCAGCGACUGCGAAUACAUGAAAAUCAUAUAUGUGAACUGCGGAUUAAGAAAUGAAUACGAAAGCGUUCUUCGCAGUAAUGCACACUACUUAAGCAGUAGUGAAGUAAGGCCUGAAAAAAAUUCAGGCCUGUACGGGAUUUGAACCCAUGACCUCUGCGAUACCGGUGCAGUGCUCUACCAACUGAGCUAACAAGCCGCUUGGGAGCUGGUCAUUAUAGUGGAUUGUAGUACAUUAUGUUAGUUCGUGAUAUCAAUCCGUGUUGCUUUUAUUUUUAUUAGAGAUGGAACCUGUCUUGAAACUGUGUUGGAUCACGGAGCGGAUGUGUAUGGUAUGAGGCUAAAAGUUCAAUUUUAGUUCUCUACUUAAAAUGGACAUAGGAAAAUAGUAUUUAAAUAGUAUUGCUUGAAUUCGGUACAUCUAUUUGCGUAAAGCUAAUUACGACAACCACAAAGCAAUCCGAAAGCCUUGACCUGCGUCAAGUUAUUGAAAAAGUGUAAUCGUUUGUCUCUCUUCUGACAUCUUCUGAGAUCGAUUUUACGGGUUGAUCUAAGGUUAGGAGGAGGUUAUUCCUUCAGGAUGGCUGAUGUAAAGAAGUUAUUUGACUAAAUGUUUGACAAAGGAAGUUUUAACGAAGGUUGCAACGUGGAAAAGAGCGCCACAAACAUUAAGCACCCUUCCCAUCCACUAAUUUGAAUUAUCAUGAAAUUGUGGUCAAGAUGAUUUUCUGAACUUUUCCUUUGACGUAAGUUGUAGACGGAAUCGUAAAACAAAAAACCAAGUAAUCACAACGGCCAAUCUGAAGAAAGCAAAAUACCUUUGAGAGCUAAUGAAAAUUCAAAGUAAAACCAAAUUGCCUUAGUCGUGAUUUGUGUCAGUUUUGGAUUUGACUGGUUGAGACAGUGGUGCGAGGUUUCUGGACCAAUCACACAGCGAAGUAAAGCAAAACGAUGCAAUCCCAGAUUUCUUCGGACAGUCAAUUUAAAAAUUCUCAAUUUCCAGUCAUAACAGAUGUGCUGUCUUUUUUUUUAUUUUAAAGGCUUAACCUGCCACAGAUAUCGACCUUUCACUGUUGCAUCAUGUUCUCGUGACUCCACCGUCAGAAUCUGGUCCAUGUCGCAUUUGGCGUGUUCCUUGCAGAUCGAUGUUCUGGCUGAAAGACCCCUGGAUAAUCUUAUGACCACUAACACCGGUAUGUGUUAGGUGUCUUCGGGUGUGGGGCCUGGUCACCAAAACAGUGUACGACUAAUGACAUCUCGAAAAAUUAUAAAAUCGAUAUUUACGGACUAAAGGGGUAGGUUUCUGGAGAACCUGGGGUGCUACGUUGGUGGGGGAGUAUAACAAGGAAAUAUGGUUUUAUCAUAAUUGGCCACCGUAAGGAGUUUUUAAGUUGACGUUUCGAGCGUUAGCCCUUCGUCAGAGCGUAUGACGAAGGGGUAACUUUUAAAUUCAGUAUAAUACCCUUUUUUGCUACAAGGUAAUGUAGAAUAAUUCUCAGCACAGAGAAGAAGUAGUCAUAGGAGAGGUGAAUUUAACAGAUGAAUGUGGGCAGAUUUAAGUGCAAGGAAUUGUUGCAUUAGAAAUAACUUCAUACUAGGUGAUGCUGCUUUAGAGCGAGCAUGGCAACCCCAGAUUUUUACUUUUCAAUUAAUUUUACUCUCAAUUGAACUUAGUUUCCUUUUUCAUAAAGUCGGGUCUCUUCUUGAAAUGAAGUAUUUGCAUUUUCCUUCCUACAGAAGCAGCCAUGUCAUCUAGUGGCACACCUCUGCUGAAUGGAAGAGUUUCACGUGAAUUGAAAGCAACUGUGGCAACAAAAGGAGAAGCGUCUCAUUGGUCAGCAAUAAAACUGUUCUCGGACUUUUUCAUUGUAAGAUAAUAAUUCACACUAAAUUUCGGUAGCUUAAGUGAGGUUGUCGUUUGUAAAAUUUGGUAUCAGAGCAAUUUUCAAUUGAGUAUCGAAAGCAAUCCGGUAUUGCAUUGGUUUCGCUUUACUUGUUCUGUGAUUGGUUCAGAAAACUCGCGCCAUUCUCUCAACCAAUUAGAUGGAAAAGUUUAAACAAUCACUCCUUGGUCGCCCGCGUUUUCCCGCGCUUUGGGCAGUUUGAAUUUUUUACUUUGAGUUCUCAUUGGCCCUUAAAGGUAUUUUCCUUUCCUCUGAUUGGCUGUUGUGAUUACUUUGGUUUCGCUUUUACGACACUCAAUCGAAAAGCGCUCUGUUACUCUGCAAUGGUAGGAAGCGCAUGCGCUCUGAUUAGCCGAUGAUUGCAUCAUAUUUUGUCUAAUUCACUCAAAAACAAAUGGUCUUGCAUAAAGUGUACAUUGACUUUCCCACUUUUUUAGCCGCCAUGUGGAGCCAAGAAUUUGUGGGACUUGGUGUUAGUAUUACGAGACGGCGAUGACAAUUUAUUACCGGCGUCUUACAGCAAAGGGAUUAUGCACACAAAACAUCUUGUCAAACACAAAGCAGUAAGUAAUCUUUCGUGGAUAACAAUGAAAUUAAGAUAAGAAGGUGGUAACCUCUACCGUGACGUCAUUUCUCCCCAGUUUCCCCUGACCUUUGACGACCUCGUUUCCAGGCUCUCCCUUCUUCUAGCUUCCUGGAUCUGUGCUGUUAUACGCCUGGGUGUAGAAAGUACUGUGAGACUAAAGUGUCUGACUCAAGAACACAGCCCGACGUUAGUGAAUAAUGUCCGUUGUUCUCCUCAGUAAUAUAUUAAAACGAAUCUCUUGCAAUUGGCAAGGAGGGUUUGUAUUUUGAAUUCCUGUAUAUUUUUUUGUGAUAGUCUGAAGCACAAGAAUUAGAAACAGUUCGAGCAAUGUCCAGGAGAGGAGGUCUGAUGUCCAAAAAAGAGGAUAGGAUUAGAGAAGCGGCAAAUCUUCAUGUCAAGAUUGGUCAGCUACAAAGAUACUGUGAGCUAAUGGUCGAACUGGGCGAGGUAUGUUGUAGGCGUAAUUUUUCUGUAAGGGAUGAAGGGAAAGGAAACCCAUCCUUUGCGCUUUCAUCGGUCACGCCUCGCUAUUCCCUCCAUUUGCUAGAAAAGCACUUAAAUCGCCCGUUCUGCAGUUUGAUUCCAGGUAGUUUUAAAGCUGAGCGUUCUAGCAGCAAAAUAUCUGGACAACAAUAGCCAACUAAUGAGGCUUGUGUAACGUAGCGAGCCAGGGAGAACCCGAGGCAAUGAAAAUUAUACUGCGCUUGUGAUAUCGUUAAGGUGCCAUAAAAUGCUUGAAGUAACCAUAACCAAAUAAAACGUGUCUUUAUUUAGUGUCUUAAAAUCAAAAACGAAGUAAACACAUCAAAGAAAAUGUUAGUAAUUGACUGAAGCGCGGAGAAGCGUCAUUGUUUAGGGCACAAUUUCUGUACACAUGAUUGAUUUGAUAAUAGAGAGGUGCAAAUUUUCUAAGGCGAUCACAAAUCAAAGUGAAAGUAGUGCUGAAUCACUUUGGACUCUCCACUGAGUUGACAUCUACUCUCUUCCAAUGCAAUUCCUAAUUACUUUUCGAACGAAAUUUAAAACUACAAUUCCUCUCCUAAUUUCAAGCAUCCGAGACUUUCGUGAACUUUCAACAAAUAUCCAGAAAGUCUGUGUCUUGUGCUGUAAAAUUUAAGGAUAAGACUGAAUACGUUUCCUAUUUGUUAUUAUUUUUUAAGUGGGACAGAGCACUCGCUAUGGCUCCUGGGAUCUCAAUGGAUUACUGGAAAGAGCUGAUGGAAAGGUAAAUUUUUAAAAUGAAGCUUUUUCUUAAAUUCCUUGUUUUAAAAUCUUAACGCAGGAACUUUUCCCAUUGUUUCAAAAUGAAUGUUGUUUGCAUCUUCUUUAUCAUUAUUAUUGUUAUUAUUAUUAUUAUUAUUAUUAUUAUGAUUAUGUUUAUCAUUUAUUAUAAUUUUAAUCAUCAGCAUCGUCACUGUCAUCCAUAUUAUCAUUAUGAACCCUAUUUUGUUAUGACGUUAUCAUCCUUGUUUUAUGUACUCAGUUACAUUUUUGUUAUAGACGAACGACGCAGCUUAUGAGAGAAGACGACGACUCCGCUGUACCAUACUGUGUUUCGUUAGGAGAUGCGGCAAAGGUACUGUAUGACAGUUUGCCUGUUCCCUGUUUUAAAGUACGUUGCUUCAACGGGAUUCCAACCCAUGGCCUCCAUAUUUGCGCAUGCGAGUCAAGAAAACUGGUUCUAGUACGCGAGGUCAAAGCUUAUCGGUAAACCUUCCAAAAGACAAUGGGAAAAAAAAGUCAUCUUUUUGAAAUUAACAAAUCGAAAGUGGGUUAGUGAGGUCUGUACUCUUAUCAACAACGAUAUUCGUCAUCAGAGUUGUCAAAAUGUUGUGGACUCACGAGGCGCAGAAACGCUUGUGGCCAAGUCGCGAUUGGUAUCAGUUUGGACUCUGAUUGGUUGAGAUGAUGCUGUGAGUUCCUGGACCUAUGACCUAUCCAAGCGAAACAAAACCAAAUUAAGCCUGGAUUACUCUCCACCCUCUUUUGAAAACUGCUCGUGAACGUAGACCUACUACUCGAUACCUUUACUAGUUGGUGUCGAUGAAGCAUGAAUGGGAGUUAUAUCUUCCUGAGGCUUGUGUGCUGUGUGCAAUAACUGUUUUUGUUUACUUUGGGUUUCUUUGUAGCUCGUGUCUUUCUUCUCGUCACGCGGUCAGCUUCACGACGCCUUAUUGGCGGCGCAGGUGGCGUGUGAGGGAGGACUCACAACUCUUCUGCAAAAAAAAGAGAAGAAGAUUCCUGAUCUGAGAAAAAACGACGUCUUACCUUCCCUGAUCAAUCACAUGACUGACGAGAACAAAGGGUGAGCAUCUGCUUUUUGUGGUAACUAAGUGUUUACCUGGCCGCUCGGGUUGGAUUAAGGUGUAUGGGGAAUUUUGGGAUAUAGGGAAAGACCAGGGAAGGACGGGUAGUGGAGAAUUAGGAAAGGGGAAAGGAAAAGAGAGGAGAAAAGGAAGAGAAAGGUGAAAAAAAAUUGUGUAAAAGUAAGAAAGAAGGAAGGGUCGGGAAGUAGGUAGGGGAAAGCUGUUAAACAAAGAACCGAAAAUGAUGAGGGAAAAUAUUUAUACGGAGGAAACCAGGAGGAGAAAAAAGUUCGAAGUAAGAGAAAGGGAGGAGAAGCGGGUGGCAGGUUGGAAAACGGCAAGGAGAGAAUGAAAAACUUGGAAAACUUGGGGAAUAGACGAAGAGAACGAAGUUGUAAUAAUAUCUAUGGCUCUUUGAAACUUGCAUAAUAAUCAGUGUGUUUCGCUAUUGUGUUCAGUCUUCUUCAGUCAACAAGUGCUGCGUUAGCUGACUGGUAUUUUUAUAGUGGACAACCUGUGCUGGCCGCAUGUUGUCACUUGGCUGUAGGAGAUAUUACGGUUAGUCUCUUUAGUUGCCCAGUACGGGUCCGUUGUACUAGUCCUCUUUUGCAUUCUGUAUCUUGAAAUACGCUGCCAUCAAAUCAUGGCCAUCUUUGAUGGCAUUUUUUGUUGACUUGCUGAUUUGAAGGGAGUGGUCUGUUUAGGGGGAAGGGUUGAAUAAUCUUGAGAAGAGAAAAAGUAGUUUUAUCCCCUUGACCCCUAAGUCCGACUCUUACGUAUCUAAGUCCUGGCUCUUUGGGAGGUAAGUGUUAUGCGCAUGCUCGAACGUGGAUCUCUAAACCCAUAGUCCAGCGCAUCAUCCAUCAAGCACCCACGUUUUACUCGUUAAGAAAUUCUGAUUUAAAUUGUUCAGUCGCUUACUUUUCUUCACGCAGUUUGCACUGUCGAAACUCAUUCGAGGGAAUGAACUGGAACUGGCCGUCAGUAUGGGAAUGGUGAUUAGCGACAACAGUCACAUGUAUCACCAAGCUGUUGAAUAUCUGGCCAGAAAAUGUGAAAGACUUGGGAAAUGGUGAGGACUACCAGUAAAAUGUUUCUCAAAAAACGUAUUUUCUUGACUUCGCUGACGACAACAUUGCAUUUUUCCCGCGCUCACCACUGGCUACUUCAUAGUUUUCCCCCGUUUUCUACUUGCUCGUCUCAUUUACAUUUUUCCCGCCCCUGUUAUUUGCUAUGUAUAUUCCCACCCUCUGGUCUCGUUAUGCCGCCCUUGGCACGCGUUUCCCGCCUCUCUGUCUGGUUGAAUUUUUCAAGCCCACAUCAUUGGCUGUCAUUUUCUGUGCAUUCCAGCUUUCUUGUUUCGUUUUUCCCUGCUCUGCUAUAUUGAAUUGGUUGUUAUGCUGUCGGUGUGAAAGCUCGCACAGUGUUAAGAAAUUCUUGAUGGCACAACUUAGGUGGUGUUAUCUUGUUUUCAGGGAUACGUGUAUCGUUCUACUCAAGUCAUUGCCUUCUUGUGAAAACCUGCUCUUCAAGUCGUGUGCAAGGUGUCAAGGGACUGUCACAGAAGUAAAUGAAUUACACGAAAAGGUGACUGGGAAUUGUGAAAAUGAUGAAUGCUUUUAACUUUUUUUCUCUGUGUAUUUCUUAGAAGCUGAUAGCUAGUUCUCCCAACUGAGGAAAACACAUUUCUUUGGUAUUUGGUGGUUGAUGCCUAUGUAAUAAUGAUAUUCUAAAUUCUCAUUAUCUGUCUGAGUGACAUUGCAUUAAAAUCGCACGGAUGAUUUAAACAUAAUUUUCUCCUGGGGACAUACGAAUAAAAUUCGCUUUCAUCCCCUUUCCGUUCAUCAGGCUGGAUUGCCAAGCGUCGAGGAGUGUUUACAAAAAGCUCAGCAGUUUUGUGAUGAGAACAAAUUCAUAGACGCCAUGAAGUACUACCUUGUUUCUUCCUCUCCUGAGCUUGCGCUCGACAUCGGACUCAAUCUUGUUCGAGGUAUGAUCGUGGAACGUAUAUUUCUUAAAUCUCUUAAAAAUUAUAAACGUAUCGGCGUGACCUGUGUGCUACAGUUGUUACGACAGGAAUGAUAAAUAUUCUCUAUUCUCUCUUUUUGUACCGUCUUAGUAAUUUACAUUACUAGUGAGCAUCAUAAAAAACACAUGACUGCCAAUUAAAACAUAGGAAAAUAUUACAAGGAACUUAUGAGAGCUCGUAGUUAAAAAACAAUAACCGACUUCAAGCAGAGGAAAAGGCGACUUACGAAUGCUCGAUUUGUAUUUGUUUUUGUUUUGCAUCUGACUGGUUGAGAGCGUGGUAUGAGUUGUUUUGACCAAUCACAAAGCACAAUGAAAAAGGACCAAUGAAACUCUGGCUCUUAGAGGCCCCCAGUAGGCUCCCAGUAACCACUAAGAGGAGAAGAUGCAUCAGGUACUUAGACAUUUUAUCCUUUUUUUUUUUCUGUUUUUCAGAUGUCAUGAGUAAACCUUAUUGGGUCUUAGAUGACGUACUAACCGUGCUUCAGUGGAUGUCGUGUAUCAGAACAGACCGGCUGCAACAGAGCAGGACAUCCAAGUAUGGCAAGCUGUAGAUCAAGACAGUUUAAACAUUCUACUACCUUUACCUGUUACCAUGAAACAUGUUGUUAUAUUGAAGUAGUUAGAAUUAACAGGUGGAACAAAGAGACUCGUUUCAGUUAUGAAGUCCUCUCUCUAAUCACUUGGUAUGGCGUUAAACAGAGGAGGAGAAUCAGUUUCGUUUGACACUCCACCCAUUUGCUAAGCGCAGUCGUCGGAAAAUCGUCUUGCUUUCAUAUGAGAGACUUCAAUUUUGAUUCACGACUCCUUAUUAAUACCGCAAACUCGAACCAGUUUUCGUUAGCGGGGUUCUACUUGUAAUUCAGGCAAUUCUUUAUCAACAGGCAGAGACAGGAACUGUUGGUACUGAGUGCAUACCUUGGUGCACUGUUAGCAAUAAGGAGAAAAUACACUCCGAUCAUUCACCCUCUCUUCAAACAUGCCAGGUACGUAUUACAAAUACAAUGGAGUAUGCUAUAUUCACCAUACAAACAAUCCUUAUUUUCCUUCAGUCCACAACCCUUUAAAUCACCAGAAGUGAUUAACAUGUAACCUCUCCCUCUAAAGUCCAUACCUCAUCCAACAAACAGGCAAUGAGAUACUUAAAGUCAUCGGGUAGAAGCGGUUAUCUUGAUCUAACCCAAGAUUCUCAUAACUAAGUUAUAAGGAAAUUUGUAGCAGCUAUAGGGGAGAAUCAACAAUCAGAUCUAGGGAGUGAAAGGAAUGAACUCCCAGAAGUGACAAUUGAGACUAAAAAAUUGUUCUGUCUUUGUAAAUGGAUGAGGGUUUGACUCAUAUAUCUUUCGUCUUUUUUUCUUGUUAUAGACUUUUUACUCAAUUAUGUUUUUUUUUCAGGCAAUUAAUGCAUCAAGAUAAGGGAGAAUUAGCUGUUACAACUUCUCAAAUCGACACAGAAUCUGAAGCGUGGCUCGCUUUCAAUCAGCCACUCGAGUAAGUACUCUGUAUAAGUUUAUAAGGGUCUUCUCAAAGCCUCUGAUCUUGAAAUGGAUGAAGAAAGAUGAAAAAGGACAACUAGUGGAAUGUUGCGCUAUAAAAAUACGUUUGAAGUUUAAUUUUAAAAAGAAGGCGAACAUGCUUGGUAUAAAUUACACCGUUCCAUGCCUGACUUUGGUUUUCUUGUUUCCAGUCCCUCGGUCACUCCCACUCCAGAACAGAAGGCCGUUUGGGACUUGUUACUUAAGCGUGUUGGUAAGUAGUAGCCUGAAAAGCUUAGAAAAAAGGGAUAUCCAUAAAUUCUGUUGAUUUAUUUUUUCAUUUUGCAUCAAAAUGUCGUCGCAAUCUGGAGAGAAAAUGUCGUUAAAUAAAUCUUUUUUAAUAGUAACAGUACCUAAAACCUUCCAACGGCAUCGUCUUCAUUAGUAGUGCUGCAGGGAGCGAGUUUUUCCGCCCGCGGUAAGAUUGGAGACAAGUUGGGGUGGAGUUUGCUGGGGUCUGGCCCUAAUAAUUAGUACCAGAUACCUUGCAGACCUCUUGCCGGCUGGCAUUUCUCAAGGCCUCAUACUUUCCCGCGGGCAAGGAAACGCUGGUGCCGAAGUGCUGACAAUGAGCUCAAAGGAAAUUAAAAUUAUAGGUUACCAAACUCAUUCGCGAGAACGUUACUCACUCACCUCUUUUCCAGGCGAUUAUAAAGAAUAAAGCGUCGUUUUGUGUGAUUGUGCGAACGAAACGUGAAAUUAUACGCCAUAAGGAUGUGGAAUGUAUUUUUGGGAAAGAUUGACGCUCUUAACUGUGAAUAUGUAUUUGUUUUGUUUUUUUUUCUAUUGCUAUCAUAAAUAUUUUUCUUUUUUUCUUGUGUAGGUGCUGAGCCAUCUGCGUGCUUGGUAGGCGAAGACAUGGUAACAGGCUCCCUUCUCCCCAGUCACUCAGAUGUGCAGGUUUCGUGUCUGACGGGAGAAAGAAUUAAGGUGCUGAUGAAGUAACUUUCUCUUCGUGUGUAUAAUCGGUCAUCCUGCAGUUGCAUUUAAGCCUUUCACUCCUAAGUUCUCAUUAGUAAUUAUCCUUACUGUCUGUCAUACAAUUCUUUUGAUGUUGGUUAGGAGAAUUUGGUUUUGAAUCAACCAGUAAUCCCCAAAUGAAUAUUUUUCUUUAUCCUCAUCACUUAUUUCCUUGAUUUUGUAUUAAAAUUUUAAGGAGAAAUUCUCUCUUGGUCACUUAAUCAACGGACUAAGAGCCCAAACAAGAGCGUACUCAUAAAAAGCUUAAGGGAAAAUCAAAUUGGGGCUCACGAGAGGUUCUCAUGGAGCCGAUAUCUUGGAUAUGAUGACUAAAUUAAAUUAUUUGGGGACAAAGCGAAAUCACUGUGAGUAUGUAGAGUGGGGGUGAGAUACAAACUUUUGCCGCUUUACCCCCCCCCCCCCCCCCUAGUUUGUCCGAUUUCCUCUGGCAGGAAAGUCAAGAUGGUGGGUACGGUUCUAAUGUAGCAACUUAAUGUAUUUAAAGGUGAAAGUGGAAAUAAUCUGUCGACCGACCAAUCAAUCAAUCAAUCAAUCAAUCAAUCAGUUAGUCAAUCAAAUUCAUUUGACAGAAUUUAAUUGUCUGUUUGAACCUCCGCAACAUAUAAUAAGAGAACAGACCGUGUAAAAUUAUUAAAAAACUCUGUUCUUGUGACAGGAUCUUUCCGGCGGAUCCAUUUUAUAUCACUUGCAUUUCAUUAUAGGGUCAGGCGUUUUUCUUAAACGACGGUCGUUCCGUGAUGUCGUUAAACCACGCGCUGAUGUGGGCCAAGGUGAAUGUAUUUUCUCUGGUAGGAAAUGGAGUGCGCUUGGAACCCUUCUGAUCAAAGGCACGCUCUGCAAAACUGGUGACAGGAACACCAGGCGAGUGGCUGUGCGCGCCCAGGAAAAGUAUUUCCUUAUUAUUCUCGGGACUGGUUCACUCGCAAAUGGGUUUAUUCCAGAAUGGCGCGCGACGAAGUUACGCCAGUGGCAAGUUCCUCGUAAUUAUAUACUCAGACUUUAUUUUUAAGAUUUAUCCCUAAACGACUUCUUACAUGUGGGCACAUUUAUGGAGAAAUCUUAGCAAAUAUUUUUGUAAUAGGUCGUGAGGGUGUACAAGUUCUUAAAUAGAUUGAUUGUUCGUGGAUGUUCAUGACUCUAUGUCGUGUGAUUUUCUCUCUUCCAUAUGGUACAUUCUGAUUGGUUUGAAUAUGCAUAGUACCGGUUAUUAUGAAUGAAAAUCUAUGGUAAUCCACAAUAGGCUUGAUAUUUAACAACUUUGUUCUCAUUCCUUUGAGUAAAGGAUUUUUUUCCUUUUCUUUUGCACUCAAAUUAUACUCAUAACGCACAUGUUUUCGCAUCUUAUGGUUGCUGGUCCAACGAAGUAUAUUUAAAUAGCACAUAGACAAUGAGAUUUUCAAUUUUUCAUGUAUAUGAGUGGUAAAUGCAUUCCAAGGAAAUAAUUAUCACGCAUACCACAAUUUUUGAUGAUGGAGGAUGUUACAUCCGGUCUAUAGUGCCGGUGAGCUUUAUUGAGCACUUCAACUUCCAUCUCCUAAAGUAACUUUUGAACAAUUUUUUGUUUGUAAAAUAGUGAAACAGUUUUAAUGUUUUGAUUAUUUGUUAAAUUUUGAUUUUGCAUUUAACAGAGCCCCCUCUCUCUCACCCCCAUCUUUGCUUCCCCCCACCCCAUCCCCCUGGCCUAUAGGCAUGUGGGAAUGGGAUGAAGCUAAUACUGUGAGUAGGCCUGAGUACUAGAGUGACUAGCAUCUAAUUUCUCCUUACAAUAUCACCCCCAAUUCACACAUCAAGGUCAGAGGAAGAAAGAAAAUGAUCACCAACUAAUGAAGCUCUUGAUUAGUACACAAAUUCUCCUUGUCUUCUCUUUAGGAAAUGUAUAGAGAACAGUAUGGAGAAUAUUCGUACUGAUGUUAGGGUGCAAAGGGUUAAGAAUUACUCAGUAGCAUAGGUAAGGUUAAAUUCAUCUGAAGUUAUCGAUCUAGAAAACAUGAACAAGUUUAGCAGACAUUUUCGAGAUUGUUUCUGUAAAUUGAUGUAAGUUACAAUCAAGGAAAACAUCUCCUGUAAGUACAAGAUGAUAUUUAUUCCUCGAGAGAGUUCAAUUUUUGCUAGAUUUAUUUAAAGUUUUGUAUAAUUUCCGGGUGUAAGAGAUAAUUCUUAUGGCUAAUUAGGUAUGUGUCUCUCAUGACCUAAGAACGAAAUAAAGAUCAGAUUUUUGAUGUAUGAAGUAAUGUUAGCGUCCGUUCGACCUGGAACUGUUGACAUAAUGCUAAAGAGGAUUUUCAAAGUGAGCAAGCAAUUUGUGAGCGGCUUUUUCAUUGUCGUAUUGGACCUUUUGUGUGAUUUACGCACCACGUAUGCAGUUUGACAUACUAACUGAAUGACUUGGCU